UAGCAAACAUUUCAUUCAUUGAAUGCUUUGUUGCAUUCAUUCAUUGAUUCAUUCAUAAGAUGACUCUCUUUACUAGUGAUUUAGUGUUUGUAGUGAAAAGUGUUUAUCAAUGAAUUGUAUUACAAUUAUUGAAUUGAUAUGAAAUGUAUGUUUGAUGACCAAUAAGGGUAUGCCUACUAUUGGUACGGAACAUACAAGUGUUAGUAUAAGUUAUGCCUAUAUGUAGAGCAUUGACAAGUGGUAAACAAUUGCACCAAUCAUUGUAUGGCCAGAAUCGGCAAUUGUCUAUUUCGACAAUGAUGUCGACCACUUUGAUUCCGAUUUCAUGUGACCACUUAAGACAACUUAUUGAACUAAUGCUUAGCAAUGAAGACACUCCAACCAAUGUCCUUAUUCUUGACUGCAGACCAUUUCUCAUUCAUAAUGACUCACAUAUUGCCAAAUCUAUUAAUAUUCACUGUCCGGCCAUCAUUAGACGAAGAACUGGUAAUCGAUUGCCAUUGAGAACAAUAAUACCGGACCAACAAAUCAGAGACAGACUUUUAGCUGACUUUUAUUAUCCAAUUGUUUUAUAUGAAGAGUCAGAUAUUGGUUGCGAUACAAUUGGCAAUUAUGUAUCUCAAUGUCUUCAACAUGAAGUUGGACUUAAAAAUGUUCACUUUCUUCAAGGUGGUUUUGUCACAUUUCAACAAUUAUUUCCAUAUUUUUGCACAAAAGGCUCAACAUUUUCUAAUCCUUUAAACACAUUGAGUUCGGUUAACAUUUCUAGUCGGAGUCCAGUUGGUACCCAUAGCCAUACCUGGCCUUUGAAGUCGACACCUAAAGGAGUGUUGACUCCACGGACUCCUAAAAAUAAUAAUCUUAGCGUUGAUGUGACGGCACCUCUAAGUUUUGGCAGCGAACAGGCAGAACCUGUUGAGAUACUUCCAUAUCUAUAUCUCGGCAGUGAAUAUCACGCUUCAUGUAAAGCAAUGCUUAAAAAUAUAGGAAUUACAGCUCUACUCAAUGUAUCGCAUACCUGUCCCAACCAUUUUCAGGAUUGCUUUAUAUAUAAAUCAAUUCCUAUUGAAGACUCAAAGAGUGAAGAUAUUAGUAUUUGGUUCAGUGAAGCCAUCGAUUUCAUAGAUUGUGUUCGUAAUUCAAAUGGCAAAGUGUUGAUCCAUUGUCACGCGGGUAUCAGUAGAUCAGCCACAAUAUGUAUGGCAUACCUGAUGGCAACCAAAAGGCUACGUAUGGAAGAGGCUUAUGAAUAUGUGAAAUCUCGUCGUAAAAUAAUAUCUCCAAACUUUAAUUUUAUGGGACAACUGCUUGGAUUUGAAACUCAAGUUUUUUCACCAAACAAUCCUUUAAGAGACCAAAAACAAGUUUUAAUGGAACCAUUGUCUCCAUUAUUAUCAAAAAUAGCCUCUUCAUCGACAUUUAUUUCCAGCAAACAGACAACUCCUUUAGCUAAGACUUGUAGAGGCAGUUCAGCGCCUUCUUCACCAUCAAGAAUAAGAAGUGACUGCGAAAGACUUGUGUUUGACUUCACGAAAGUGCCAUUCAAUGACAUUAAUCAGUCUAUUAGUCACUCCAAUACAUCACUUAAGUCUAGUCAAGUACUGGACAGUCCUAUUCUUAUGUAAACAAUUUGAUGCCAUUUUUCAUUGAUUUAAACAUAUAUAGCACCG